CUCUACUUCUGUUCCUUUUCCGGUCAUUCUUCUGCGCGUAUUAGGGUUCCACUCCUCUCCUUCGACCGGUCGUCGCUCUCGGGAGAAGGAGAAAUAUUUGCACUGAAUCUAGGCAGCGGCGAACAAGGGAUUCGAGCGCGAUGAAGCUAACGGUGAAGACGCUCAAGGGCACCCAAUUCGAAAUCCAGGUUCAGCCCAACGACACGAUUAUGGCCGUGAAGAAAAAUAUCGAGCAUGUACAAGGAAAAGACAAUUAUCCAUGGGGGCAACAAUUGCUGAUUCACAAUGGAAAAGUUUUGAAAGAUGAAACUACACUGGAAGAUAACAAAGUUAAUGAAAAUGGUUUUCUAGUUGUCAUGCUUAGUAAGAGUAAAGCUGCAGGUGUUGGUGGAGCAUCAUCUGCGCAGCCCUCAGCAACUUCUACAGUCCAGCAUCCCGCUGCUGAACAGACUCCACCAUCAGUUCCACCACAAGCUCCGCCACAAACUCAGGCCCUAGAGAGUUCCGCAACUGGGCCUGGUGGACCCCAAGGACCAAAUGCACAGGUAUCUGCUGAUGCCUAUGGUCAAGCUGCAUCCAGUUCAAUUGAAGAGAGUAAACUUGAGCAGAUGGUUAGUCAAUUGAUGGAGAUGGGUGGUGGUAACUGGGAUAGAGAAACAGUUCUGCUUGCCCUUCGUGCUGCUUGCAAUAACCCGGAGCGUGCUGUGGAGUACCUAUAUUCUGGUAUUCCAGCAACAGCAGAAAUUGCAGUUCCAGCUUCUCCUUUCUCUUCAUCUCAGGCAUCUCCCCAAGGAGCCAGUGCACCUGAUGUAGCUGCUUCAGGUCCUCUCUUUGGGGUACCAAACUCGUCUCCCUUGGAUAUGUUCCCACAGGGCAAUACUGAUCUUGGAGUGGGUGCUGGAGGUGGAUAUCUUGACUUCCUCAGAAACAACCAACAGUUCUUAGCCUUGCGAGCUAUGGUUCAAGCAAAUCCGCAAAUUUUGCAGCCAAUGCUUCAGGAACUCAGCAAGCAAAACCCUCAGCUAUUAAGAUUAAUACAGGAGCAUCAUGCCGAGUUUCUUCAGUUAAUAAAUGAACCUGUUGAUGAAGGUCUUGAAGGGGAUCUUUUUGAUCAGCCUGAGGAAGACGAGAUGCAACAUACAGUAAAUGUGACGGCUGAAGAGCAGGAGGCAAUCGGACGACUUGAAGCAAUGGGUUUUGACCGAGCUAGAGUUCUCGAAGCAUUCCUAGCGUGUGACAGGAAUGAGCAGUUGGCAGCAAACUAUUUAUUGGAGCAUGCAGGUGAUGAAGAUUGAAGGGAACUGGGAUUCAUCAAUUCACCACCCAACUUUUGAAAGACAUGGAUUUCUCUGUGAAACGUAAUCCCGCAGAAGUUGGAGAACAUCCGGAAUCUGGAUGGUCAUCUAAUUUAACAGACACUGAGGCUUAAUCACUUGGUUACUCCUCUAGAGAAAAAUUGUACUUUGGAUGCAGAGAAAAACUGUAGUGCAAACAUAGACAUUAGACCUUAUUCAUAAUAUUCUUUUUAAACAGCUAAUUUUUUGUAAAAUGCUGUUGUCAGUCAAUGAGCUCAUCUUUUUUGGAUAUUUAAACUUUUUUUUUUAACAUCAUUUGUUGCUCGAU